AAUUAUAUAGCCAUUUUGACAUAUUGCCGAAAGCGUGUUUAGGGCUGAAGAAAUUAAUUUUUCGUUUUUCUCCCGAAUUGAACGCGGUAGUUUUAGUGAAAUAGAUAAUUUUUUGUACAUUAUAUAAAGACAAAUUGAUACAGACAUGGCACAACAAGAUAGCGACAUGAACACUUCAUUUUCAACAUUAAACGUAAAUGCAAUGGAAUUUGUGCCGAAUUUUGGUUCGACUUUUUGUACACCGACACCAACCAAAAUGAAUACAGACGAAAAUGAAGAGGCAAUUCCCGCACCGGUGGCAGCUAUUCCGACUGAAACAAUUGCGGACAAGACACCGGAAAAUGAAAGCGACCCACUAGACAGUUGGGAUGUUGAAGAGGAACCCGUAUCCACACCUGAUGACGAUGAAUUGGGUGAUUUAGAAGAGGUUGAGGAGGGCGCAAUAAAAAUUGCCAAGAAGAAAAUGCCUAAAGUCGAAGAGAAUAAAAGCAAAAAGGAACACGUGAAUGUUGUCUUCAUUGGUCAUGUAGAUGCGGGCAAAUCUACAAUUGGCGGUCAAAUUAUGUCCCUAACUGGCAUGGUCGACAAACGAACGCUGGAGAAAUACGAACGUGAAGCGCGUGAAAAAUCUCGGGAAAGCUGGUACUUAUCCUGGGCGUUGGACACUAACCAGGAAGAGCGUGACAAAGGCAAAACGGUCGAAGUGGGACGUGCCUAUUUUGAAACCGAACGGAAGCAUUUCACCAUUCUGGAUGCGCCGGGCCAUAAGAGUUUCGUUCCGAAUAUGAUUGGCGGUGCGGCCCAGGCCGAUUUGGCUGUAUUGGUGUUGUCGGCACGUAAAGGUGAAUUUGAAACUGGAUUUGAUCGAGGGGGACAGACACGAGAGCACGCUAUGUUGGCGAAAACAGCCGGUGUUAAACAUUUGGUGGUGUUGGUCAAUAAAAUGGAUGAUCCGACAGUUAAUUGGGAUGAGAACAGAUUCAACGAAUGUAGAGAUAAGAUAUUACCAUACCUAAAGAAACUCGGUUUCAAUCCGGCCAAAGACUUAACAUUCAUGCCUGUCUCUGGAUUAAAUGGUUUAGGUUUAAAGGAUCAAAUCGAUGAGUCAAUCUGUCCGUGGUAUCGGGGAGAGGCAUUCAUACCAUUCAUCGACGACUUGCCUUCGCUCAACCGUAAAUUGGAGGGUCCAUUCAUAAUGCCUAUUGUCGAUAAAUACAAGGACAUGGGAACGGUGGUAAUGGGUAAAGUAGAGUCGGGCUGCGCGAGGAAAGGACAAAAUUUACUUGUCAUGCCUAACCGAACACAAGUGUCUGUCGAUCAACUAUGGUCGGACGAUGAGGAAGUCACUGCUGUUUCUGGCGGCGAAAAUAUUAAAAUAAAACUAAAAGGAAUCGAAGAAGAGGAUGUCUCUCCCGGCUUUGUGCUUUGUGACGCUUCGCAGCCAAUCAAAACCGGAAAGAAAUUCGAUGCUCAGGUGGUGAUUCUUGAACACAAAUCGAUCAUAUGUGCAGGCUAUUCGGCAGUUAUGCAUAUCCAUUGUGCUGCCGAAGAAAUCACCGUCAAUGCUCUUAUUUGCUUAGUUGAUAAAAAGACAGGAGAAAAAUCAAAAACUCGUCCACGAUUUGUCAAACAAGAUCAGGUGGCUAUCAUGCGAAUUGAAUGCUCUGGAUUGAUCUGUCUGGAACAGUUUAAGCUAUUUCCGCAAAUGGGGCGAUUCACACUCCGAGAUGAAAACAAAACAAUUGCCAUCGGAAAAGUUCUUAAAGUAAUUGAAUAAAUUGGUUGAGCGGCGACUUUUUAUAUUUAUUUUACAAUCAAAGCAACAGAAAGAAUAGCAAAAAGCAAAGCGAAAUUUUUUUAAUUUUCAUUGGCAACCACCAAGCACAACCUGGGAAAUUUUGAAAUUAAAUCUCUCCGCAAAAUAAAAUGCAGAAAAUUUCGCUUUAAGUUCCAGUAAUACAUUUUUCCCUUCCUAUCUUUUUUCGAUUAGUUGUUUUGUUACAGAGACAUUAGUUAGCAGAGUUUCUUGUAAUUUUUAAUUUAAUUUCUUCUUUAAAUUAAUUAUGUUAAUAUCGGCGGAGUUUUGUGUUUAAAAAUCAUUUCCUUCGGAUUUUUUCCUCUUUCCUGUUAUUUUUAAUUUUAAUUUCUUUUUUUGUAAGCAGGAGGAGUGAGUUAAUGAUGCAAAUUAAAAAGAAAACAAAACAUUUGACUGGCUCUUGAAUUUUUUUUUAUCUCUAAUUACUGUCACGAUCAAUUUCAGUCAAUCCAUCAGUGAAAGUAUGUGGACCACUGGACCACGCAAUGUCGAGCUAAACUUUUUAUACGAAUUUAUAGACUCACCAAGAGAGACAGCAUUGUCAUAUUUGAUCGCUUCAUUGCAUUUUAAAGAUGCUUUCAGCAUACCUUCACUAACUAAAAAGUUAAAAGUUUAGUUUUUGUGACUUCAUUCGUGCACUCGACCUUGUCUUGGGGCAAGAAAAGUCACACGAAAACUGGAUUUUUGAACCUUAUCUAGUUAUGUAAACGACUAUUGCCCCCAAUGAUGACCCGAUCAUCCAUAUGUGAUACAUUGAUUGAUUGAUUGAUUUACACUCAAGCGGUUCAUCCAAAAUACAAACGUGUCAUCAGUUACUUGAUUCUAUUGAUUAAUGUGCCAUAUCAUAUUAAUUUUGAGGUACACUAUCGUCGUCAUAAAUCGCGUGGAAACGAUUUAUUGAAGGGGGAAAACGAAGAAAACGACGUAAAGAACGUGAAAUGAACUUUAGCUUACGUCGUGGGUUGAUUGAAGUAAUAGAUUUUAAUUCAAUCGGUCGAAAAUACUUAGAUGAAAUCAAACAAUAGAUUCGAAGAUUGUUCUUAUAUGGAAUGCGUGUGAAAAAGGUUAACAAACAAAACUGAUAAAUCAAUGUUAGCGAAAGUAGACUCACAUGUGCACACGUCAUCUGUGUGCCCAAUAUAUUCUAGAGCACGGUUUGUAGAAAAUGGAAGAGGGACCAGGAUUUCUAUUCUUCUGGUCUCGGUCGUACACUUCCUUGCUAACGAAGUGAAAAUUUCUGUCUGGUAACAUGUACCAUCUAGCAUUGAAAUCUUAGAACUGAUGGGUUGAUUGAGUGAUGUCUUUUUUUUGUUUAAAUUAGUUAAUCAAAAAACGAUCGAUAAAUUCAAACAGUCAAAUGAAAUGGAAUUUAAAAGCCGUUGAAAUUCGAGAAUUGGUUUUUGUUAGUACUACGUUUUGUUGCUGAGAAUCAGUUCAUUGAUUCUUUUCGAUGUAAUAAAUUUUGAUUAUUUUUUUUUAAAUGAAAAGAUUAAUAGACUUCUCUGGAAUGGACAUUGUUUAUUUGACAAAAAAUAAAAAAUUCAUAAAAAUUGCAUUGACGAAAAUGGACAAAAUGAAUUCAAAUUUUUAUACAAAAACUUUUGUAAAAAUAAAAAAUCUAAAAAAGAAAAAGCUUAAAAAAAAUUCAAUAAAUAGAAUGACAAUGUAUCCUGACAGUUCCGUGUAGAAAUGUAAACGUUUCGACAGCUAUUAUAGAACGUGACGAAAAUUUUUACCAAAUUAUUUUCAAGAAAAUAAAGUUUACUGAAACAACUAUAACGGACGGACGUUACAUUUUUUUUUUACAAAUCAUCCAGUUAAAAUGUUAUAAAUUGGUUCGUUUCGACGGCAAGAGUCUCUUAAUUCACCAGUAAAAAUUUUGCUUGUAACGUCAAUAUUUUUCGAUUUUAAGCUGCCUUAAUAAAUUUUAUGGUUACAACAUUUGAUUGUUAUUAUAUCCAAUAUUAAUUGAAACAUGAUUUACUGAUCGGUCCACAGAAAACAAGUUCAAAGAAAUCUGAUUGAUAUUAUCCCACAAACCCUUUCUUCCGCCUCCUCCACUGACAUUUAAUAAUAGACAACACAAGAAUUAGAAACUAUAUCCCAUAACAAACAAAAAGAAAUUGUUAUUAAGUCUCCCACUCCACUCCCACACUUGACGCCGGAUCGCUACACCUAAGUUUCACUGAAGUGCAACCAUAAAAUUUAAAGAAAAAAAUUAUUUAUUUAAAAAUAAAAGUUUAAUUUUAAU